CCUGUCUUCCCUUCCUUCAUGGCUGCCCUGGUGUUCUGCAAUGCUUGCUUCCAGAAGCCCCAAAGAGCCUCUCAAAAGUUCUGCCUGACCAACUGCGGCCAUGUUGUCUGUGAGCAGUGCCUCCGGAAUGGUAAAAAAGAUGAGUGUGUGAUUUGCAGAGCUCCUUGUCGUACAAUAGUCCUUUCCAAAAAGGUGAAUUCAAAUAUCCAGUUGCUGUUUACGGAAAUAGAUGGAUUAUGCAAAACAUAUUCCAAAGAAAUCACACAAAUUGCCCAUUUCCAAGAAAAACACAGAAGACGGUUAUUAGCAAACUACAAAGGAAAGAUUACAAAAUUGGAAGGAUAUCUUAAGAAAGCAACACAACAAAUGCAACAUAAACAGCAAGUGCAACAGUCUUCACCAAUGGAAGCAGAUUAUGUGCCAUCUUCAGUGAGGAAAACUGAAACAGCUGCUGGACCAACCAGGAUAUCAUUGAUAAGCCCGCCUCAGAAUGGGCAUAUGGGUAGUGUUACAUGGAGAAGUUCUCAGUUGUCUGGAAUGACUUCUUCUCAAAGUAGUACAUCAGGCUCUGUAAGGUCAUUGUCCUUAAGAAUGCCAAAUAGGGAGACUUCUUAUAUGUCACCAUUCGUAUCAACACAAAAUAAUAGAGAUCAGACGCCAGAUGGAUUUGGACAAAGAACUAUGCAGCAUUAUCGAUGCACCUCAACACCUUCACACUCAUCAGUGACAAGACAUCCAAUCAGCCUUCCCAAUCUUUUACAAAGGCAGAAUUUAGGUAAGCAAGGUUCCACUAGUCUUCCAGGGCAUUCAUUACACCUGCAAACGCCAUUCAACAGAGAACGCAUCCACUGAAUAUUUUAAAAUGUAUAUAAAAAGCAUAUAAAGAUUCA